AGAUCCUUUUUUCUCUGGUUUCAUUUGAUAUGUCUACGAACGAUGAGGAAAAUGGAACUUUAAUCGAGGUUAAGAAUGUUCCAGAACCAAGCCCAGAGACUUGGUAUAGUGUUUUUCUUCGUCAAGCUUCAGUCUAUGGUGUAGCUGCAGGGUAUUGUCUCUCAGCUUCUCUGCUCUCAAUCAUCAACAAAUGGGCAAUCAUGAAGUUUCCUUACCCCGGUGCAUUAACCGCUAUGCAGUACUUUACAAGUGCAGCUGGUGUUUUGCUCUGUGCUCAGAUGAAGCUAAUCGAGCAUGAUUCGCUUAAUCUCUUGACAAUGUGGCGGUUUCUUCCCGCAGCUAUGAUAUUCUACUUGUCUCUGUUUACUAACAGUGAGCUUCUCCUCCACGCCAAUGUCGAUACUUUCAUCGUGUUUAGGUCUGCUGUUCCGAUUUUUGUUGCGAUUGGGGAAACGCUCUACUUGCACCAACCAUGGCCAUCUGUUAAAACGUGGGGAUCUUUGGCUACUAUAUUUGGGGGAAGUUUACUUUACGUAUUCACGGAUUACCAGUUUACAAUCGCAGCAUAUAGCUGGGCUCUUGCGUAUCUGGUGAGUAUGACUAUAGACUUUGUUUACAUCAAGCAUGUGGUUAUGACCAUUGGCUUGAACACAUGGGGUCUUGUUCUCUACAAUAACCUUGAGGCGCUGCUUUUGUUUCCACUUGAACUGCUGAUAAUGGGAGAGUUAAAGAAGAUAAAGCAUGAAAUCACUGACGAGACUGAUUGGUACUCGUUGCAAGUGGUUUUACCAGUGGGUUUGUCAUGUCUAUUCGGAUUGGCCAUCUCUUUCUUCGGCUUCUCAUGUCGCAGGGCCAUUUCUGCAACGGGUUUCACUGUUCUUGGGAUUGUGAACAAGCUAUUGACAGUUGUGAUCAAUUUGGUUGUGUGGGAUAAACAUUCAACGUUUGUUGGAACCUUGGGGCUCUUGAUUUGUAUGUUUGGUGGAGUCAUGUAUCAGCAGUCUACCAUGAAGAAACCGAAUGCAGCACAAGAAGCUAAACCGCAAGAGCAAGACGAGGAAGAAGAGAAACUUCUAGAAAUGCAGGAGAACAAGGAGAGUAACAGCAUCAAUAUAAAGGAAACUCUGAAAUCAGAAGAGAAACUAUGAUCAUAGUGGUUGGAACUUGCAGUGGCUGGAGUUCCUUCGGUACUGAUAUGAUUUAGUUUUCAAGUAAAGAACUACAUUGUACUUAGUGGUUAUGCAAUUCUUUUGUAACUAGAGGUAAGAGUACUGCGUUCCUGAUCCAGUAGUUGAAUAAUAUCGAUUUCUUGUUUACAUUUUGAUGUGUUUGGAUUUAUUUCUUGUACCCGAUUCAGAUUUAUAUGCGAGUAAAGAAUUCUUAUGUGU